GCUGCCUUGUUGGCACACAAGGGGGUUAAGUGCUCGGCCUUGAGCAGGGGGUUGAGUGUUCAGCUUUGAGCAGGGGGGCGAAGUGCUCAGCCUUGAGAGGGGGCUUGGGCGUUUGGGCUUGAAGCAAACAGGUGAUAAAGAACCAGACAGGGGCUGGAGCCAGCAUGGCGGCCGAGCGCAAGACCAAGUUGUCCAAGAACCUGCUGCGCAUGAAGUUCAUGCAAAGGGGACUGGACUCGGAAACCAAGAAACAACUAGAGGAAGAAGAAAAGAAGAUCAUCAGUGAGGAGCACUGGUACUUGGCUUUGCCAGAGCUUAAAGAGAAAGAGAGUGUCAUAAUAGAGGAGCAGAGCUUCUUGUUAUGUGAAGAUCUUCUGUAUGGAAGAAUGUCAUUCAGAGGAUUUAAUCCUGAAGUUGAGAAAUUGAUGCUUCAGAUGAAUGCUAAGAACAAAGCAGAAAAUGAAGAUGAAGAUGAGAUAGUAGAGCUUGAUGUGUCAGAUGAGGAAAUGGCUAGAAGAUAUGAGACCUUGGUGGGGACAAUUGGAAAAAAGUUUGCCAAGAAAAGAGACCGUGCCAAUUACGAAGAAGAUGAAAAUGGAGACAUAAAACCAGUUAAAGCAAAGAAGAUGUUCUUAAAGCCCCAAGAUUAAAAAUGAUGCCUUAAAAUAUG